AUGCCGUCCGAUCGAAACCCAUCCGGGGAGGGCUUCAGCAACCCCUACGAGAAUACCACCCUCGUCGGCAAUUGGUUGGAGGAUCGUCUGCAACAGCGCAUCGUGCAGAAGGGCCGCGGCGGAGUUGGGACGACAUGGUGUGCUCAAGGAGUCUUCGAGGACCCGGCAGUGACGAGGGCACGGGACCCGGCAGAGGCACAGGCGGCACUUCUACGCAGCACAUACCAAGUCGACUACAGAAAUCGACCGGGAGUGGCGCAGCGGACCGGCAGCAGUGGUGGCACGGACUGCUCCGGCGCUGCCUCCUCGCUGAUGCUCGGCACACAGCACAAUGCUCACGCUGUGGGCUCUGGUAGUACCUUCUCCACUGCCAAGGGCGACGGAGUCGAUAAGGUUCUUCUGUUCUCCGUCGACCCCGUUGCGGACCCAACAGCGCCGUUGCCGCUCUCCACCAACGCUGGCACGUACGGCGCCUUCUACUACGGCAGAAACGCUGACGGAUUGGCAAACGGCAGCAGCAGCAGCAGCAGCCACGUCACUGGAGCGCUGUAUGCUGACUCGGCAACGAGCCCCGCCACGUCCUCGCCGGCUAACAAGGCUGACGGCCGGGUCACGGCACCACCUGGUGACGCGGACAGCAGCUUGUACGACAGCGUAUCACGCACUGCUGCCGCACCGUCCUCCCCCUUCGGUGCGACCAGGGCCCCGAUACAGAGGAGCGCCAACCCUGACGCCACGUCGUCAUUGCCGCCAGUCCCGCAGCGCCGCAAACUCAGUAACGGUACAGCAACGACAAGCACGCUUGGCCACACAAGAUGGACCCUGACGUCCAUCUGCGCUUCCGUAGCCGCUGGCGGCUUUGGUGCCGCCUCGGGGCGAUCGAGCCAACGACACCCACGGCAGAGCAAAGACGGCAUGGACGACGAGCGUUGGUACUCAUCAAAGCAAAUCGCCGAUAUGCCGGUAGAGCAUUUCACCCUGCAGAGGCGCCUACCGCCAGUGCGCCUGUGA